UGUUAAUCUUUCGUGAUUUUUAAGUGAUAAUUCUAUUGUUUUAUCUUAUUUUGAUCAAGCCAACAAUAAGUCAUACCAAUUAGUCAUGAGUUAUACAUCAUUCUUGAUAUUGGUAAAAGAGAAUGUUUAAGUGGUGGAUGGAGUUGGUUGUAUACUUUUUUGGCAUCAAGAUGAGAAUAAUUUGCUACUUAAAGAUUUUGUAAUAUUAGACAUCAUAUUCUAUUAUUAUUCACAUAAUAUAGUCAAGUGAGAAAAUCUGGUUAAGUCAAUCCAGUGGUUUAAUCCGGUUCAUUUGUCUACAUUUUUGCAGUAGUGUUAAUUACGUGCACGAGAACACAAGAGUGAAAAUAAAAAAGCAAGUUAGAGUCAACAAAGUUGCCCGCCUAACGCUUAGCAUUUUUGAAUCCGUUUUAAGCAAAGCCUUAAUUUGAAUUUAUAGCUUUCAUCACAAAAAGAGUAGCCAUUCUCGAAGAGAGAGAGAGAUAGACAAAGAGGUAUGGCGACAAAGACCGAUGAUUUUGCACCAUUUCCAGUUAAAGAUCAGCUUCCCGGAGUCGAAUUUUGUGUCUCGAGCUCUCCAAAUUGGCCGGAAGGCAUAGUUCUUGGGUUUCAACAUUACAUUGUAAUGCUUGGAACUACUGUUAUCAUACCUUCCAUACUCGUCCCUCUAAUGGGUGGUGGCGACGUGGAGAAAGCGGAAGUCAUAAACACAGUGUUGUUCGUGUCGGGAAUAAACACGUUGUUGCAGAGUUUGUUCGGAAGUCGACUUCCUGUCGUCAUGGGAGCUUCUUAUGCUUACGUCAUCCCUGCUCUUUACAUCACUUUCUCUUAUCGCUUCACUUACUAUCUCCAUCCUCAUUUGAGAUUUGAAGAGACUAUGAGAGCUAUUCAAGGAGCUCUUAUCAUUGCUUCUAUAAUUCAUAUGAUAACGGGUUUCUUCGGUUUGUGGAGGAUCUUGGUCAGGUUUCUUACUCCUCUUUCGGCUGCUCCUCUCGUGAUUCUCACCGCUGUUGGCCUCGUCGCCUUAGCGUUUCCUCAGCUUGCGAGAUGUAUAGAAAUUGGACUCCCAGCGUUGAUCAUACUGAUAAUUUUAUCUCAGUAUCUUCCUCACUUGUUUAAGUGUAAGAGAUCUAUAUGCGAGCAAUUCGCUGUUCUGUUCACAAUAGCUAUCGUCUGGGCAUACGCAGAGAUUUUGACAGCAGCUGGAGCUUACGACAAAAGACCGGAUAGUACACAGCUCAGUUGUCGAACAGACCGGUCUGGUCUCAUUAGUGCUUCUCCAUGGGUGAGAAUUCCAUAUCCAUUGCAAUGGGGACGUCCAAGUUUUCAUGCAAGUGAUGCAUUCGCAAUGAUGGCAGCUACGUAUGUGGCGAUUGUAGAGACGACAGGUUCCUUCAUCGCCGCUUCAAGAUUUGGUAGCGCAACUCAUAUCCCUCCCUCAGUGCUUAGUCGUGGCAUUGGAUGGCAGGGCAUAGGCGUUUUGCUGGGUGGACUGUUUGGAACAGCAACUGGUUCCACAGCUUUGGUCGAAAAUACAGGGCUUCUAGGAUUAACGAAGGUUGGGAGCAGAAGAGUGGUCCAGAUAGCUGCAGGUUUCAUGAUCUUCUUCUCCAUUUUUGGGAAGUUUGGGGCUGUUCUUGCAUCGAUACCAUUACCGAUCUUUGCAGCUCUGUACUGUGUUCUAUUCGCCUAUGUUGCUUCUGCCGGACUUGGCCUUCUUCAAUUCUGCAACAUAAACAGCUUUAGAACUAAAUUUAUCCUCGGCUUCUCCAUCUUCAUCGGUCUCUCUGUGGCACAAUACUUCACCGAAUAUCUAUUCAUCUCUGGUCGUGGACCUGUUCACACUCGUACUUCUGCUGUAAGUGUUCAAGAGAAACAGAAACCUUCAUUAUCAUUUUUUUUGUCUUGUCCGUGUACUGAUUCGUUUUGGUGUUGCCAACGACAGUUCAAUGUGAUAAUGCAAGUGAUAUUCUCUUCGGCGGCAACAGUUGGAGUAAUGGCAGCGUUCUUGUUGGACUGUACUCAUAGCUACGGACAUGCCUCGGUGAGGAGAGACAGUGGAAGACAUUGGUGGGAGAAAUUCAGAGUCUACCACACUGAUACUCGAACAGAAGAGUUUUACGCAUUGCCUUACAACCUCAACCGAUUCUUCCCUUCUUUCUGAAAAUUCUGAAAAUCCCGAAAACCCAAAACUAGGUUUUUUCAGAGUGUGAGAAACUUGCAUCUAGAGAGAUACAUGUAUAAUACAAAUAACUUUCCACCUAGACAACUUUUGAUGUUUUUUUUUUCCCUUUUUGCCAACACUUCUUGUAUGUUACUACAACAUGUGUUUGCUUAUAGAUUGUAAGAGCUACAUAUUCCAGAGUAACUAGGAAAUUGGGAUUCAACCUCCUUUUUUUU